AUGUUGUCCACGGUGUCCAGUGUCCCGCUCGAAUUGAAUUCUUCGUACUAUGCAACUGUUAUUGGCAACAACGGUCUCGACGGUUUAUCGGUGAUCGAGUCUGAAAAUACGACCUCGGAUAUUUAUAUGUUGCCGCCGUACAUUCGCACCACGUCCAUGGUUGUGUGCAUCAUAGUAAUGGUACUCGGCAUCAUCGGAAACCUUAUGGUGCCAUUGGUCGUGUUUCGUGGCAAGGAUAUGCGAAACAGCACCAAUAUCUUUCUGGUGAACCUGAGUGUGGCCGAUCUCUGCGUUCUCUUGAUCUGCACACCCACAGUCCUCGUGGAAGUGAACUCUGGACCGCAAGUGUGGCCGCUGGGCAAGUACAUGUGUAAAACAAUUCCAUUCGUCGAGUUGACAGUGGCGCACGCAUCGGUCCUUACGAUACUAGCGAUCAGUUUCGAACGGUAUUACGCAAUCUGCGAGCCCCUACGAGUUGGGUACAUGUGCACGAAGGCGAGGGCGACGUUUCUUUGCCUGGUGGCAUGGGUGUUGGCAGCGCUAUGCACAAGCCCCAUACUACCGAUGGUCGAGUACAAGGAAGAGAACAACACGGAUGGUACGUACAUUCCGACCUGUAACACGAAAGUGAAGACAUACUGGGAGAUGGGUUUCAUUCUGUUCACGAUAAUUGUGUUCUUCGUGAUACCACUGCUGAUCCUGGUGGUUCUGUACACGGUGAUAGCACGACAUCUGAUGACGAAUCCAACGAUCAGCCGUGGCUCAUCGAAUAACUUGCUCAAGUAUCGCAAGCAGGUGAUGCUGAUGCUGGGAACAGUGGUUCUCUGCUUCUUUCUCUGUCUACUUCCGUUCAAGGCGCUCACACUGUGGAUACUGGUGGUACCUCCCAAAGGGAUUAUCGAUCUUGGAAUAGAGAGCUACUUCACUCUACUCUACUUCUGCCGCGUGAUGCUGUAUCUGAACUCCGCCAUUAACCCCAUUCUCUACAAUCUGAUAUCCACGAAGUUCAGGGAAGGUUUCCUCAGGCUGUGUGGUCUGGGUCCGAACAGGAGGAAAAAGAAGAAAACAUCAGAGAAGACCGGUACUUAUAACACUGGCUCGACAAACUGUAGCAGCAAUCACUCAGAUUUUUGGAGACGACACAGUAGCAACAAAAGCAGCAGCGUAAAGGUGCCGUGCAACAACGCAACCGUAGAGAAACAGAUGAAAAUGCCCCUUCAGACGACGGUUGUUAGUGGAAGUAUCGUUAGGAAGAAACAGGAGAGUUACGUCUGA